AUGAAGAAGCCGUACACCUGGUUGUUCAUUUCGAUAUGGUUCGUCGUUCAAAAACGUGCCAUAUGCUCAUCGCAAUUGGUAGAAGAUGUCAAAUACUACAAUGUAGGGGUACUUAUGGUGUCGCACCUAAACUCACCUUUCGAUUUAGAGAGAUGCGGCCCUGCUGUCGACAUGGCUUUGGAGAAGAUCAACGAGAAAUACCUCGCAAAGCACAAGAUUGUACUCAGAAAGGUGCAAGGAAGUUACCCAUCUUGUAACGGAGCGCUGGCACCCGGGUUAGCAGCCGAUAUGCACUUCAUUUCUGACGUGAUCGCCUUUAUUGGCCCGGCUUGCCUUUUUGCUUUGGAACCCGUUGCUCGACUGGCAGCUUACUGGAACACCCCCAUUAUCACCGGAAUGGGAGACCAGCCCCCAUCUGAAGGGGAAUUGUCGGUAGCGUCUAGGAUUCUAGGCAGAUACACACCGAAUAACAAAAAUGACUCGGCGGGCAUUUUGAAAGAUAAGAGUAAGUAUCCUACCCUGACGAGGAUGUCCUAUUGCCAAUGUCGCCUGAAAAUGGUCUUCUCGAGUAUUUUCAAACAGUUUGGAUGGGAACACAUAGCUCUUAUUUUAGACAGAUCCGAUCUUUUUUCGCUGACAGUAGGCAAAAUUCUGGAACACGGCCUGAAAAAAAACAGCCUGCUAACAUUUGUGCGUGAAUUAGAUGGCAACGAAAACGAUACGAUACAUAAUUAUUUGCGAGACGCCAGCAUGUACGCUAGAGUUGUUAUUUUGAGCGUAAGGGGUUCCUUGGUCAGGAAAUUUAUGCUGGCUGCCCAUUCCCUAGGAAUGACCAAGGGAGACUGGACGUUUUGGGAUGUUGAGAUAUUUCAGGGCUCUGACUGGGGAGACCACGACUGGAAGGCCGGUGAACCAGACGAUCAAGUUGCUAGAAAGGCGUACGAAGCCUUACUCAGAGUGUCUCUCCUCCAACCUACCAGCGAUAAAUUCCAAGAUUUCGCCGAUAAAGUCAAAAAGAGGUCUCUGAAAGACUACAACUAUACCAUCAGCGAAGGCGAAGAAAUCAAUUUCGUUAUUGGAGCAUUUUAUGACGGCGUCUCUCUUUUGGGCAUGGCAUUGAACGAAACCCUUUGGGAAGGAGGGGACAUACGAAAUGGACUUAACAUUACUACGAGAAUGUGGGACAGAGAUUUCCAUGGCAUCACUGGUCACGUCCGCAUAGACGACAACGGCGACAGAGACGCUGACUACUCUAUUUUGGACUUGGAUCCGAUAACGGGGAAGUUCGAGGUCGUAGGUCACUAUAACGGUGUUAACAAGCAUUAUUCUCCGGUGCCCGGUAAGAAAAUCCACUGGCCGGGUGGUAGAGAAGGGCCUCCACCUGACAUACCGAAAUGCGGCUUUAUGGGUAACAGUCCAGACUGUAGAAAUCACGAAGCUUAUAUGAUGAUCCUUUACGGGUCGUUUGCUUUUGGAGUAUUUUUGGCGUUUACCACGACUCUAGUAUGCAUCACGUAUAAGCACAUGAAAACCGCUGCCGAUUUGAACAAUAUGUCGUGGAAAAUUAGACCUGAAGAAGUAAACAUAGAAGUUGGAAGACAUUUUGGGUCAAAAUUAGCUCUUCAGAAGCUUUCUGAGACUUAUGGGCUCUCAAGUUGCAGGACAUCUAUAACAUCUUGCAAUUCUCUCCAAGCGACGAGAAUCUACACCACCGUUGGAAUUUAUAGAGGCAGCAGGGUGGCCAUAAAGAAAAUUGUUAGGAAGAAAGUCGAUAUUAACAAAAAGCUGUUAUGGGAAAUUAAACAGGCCCGAGACGUGACCCAUGAAAAUACCGUACGAUUCUUGGGCGCUUGCAUCGAACCGCCAACAAUACUGAUACUGACAGAAUACUGCCCCAGAGGCAGUCUAAAAGAUGUCUUAGAAAACGACGCCAUCCACCUUGACUGGAACUUUAGAAUGUCUCUAAUAUACGAUAUAGUCAAGGGGAUGAGCUACUUGCACAGUUGCGAAGUGUCUGUACACGGCAAACUGAGAUCGUGCAACUGCUUGAUUGAUGGGCGGUUUGUGUUGAAAAUUUCUGAUUAUGGGCUAUCCUCUCUAACCACCCCUCUAGAAGUUGCAAAGGACAGCAAAUAUUAUAAAAAAAUGUUGUGGGUGGCUCCAGAGCUUUUACCUCUAACGGUAAUACCUGGAACUCCCGCCACUCAAAAAGGGGAUGUCUAUAGCUUCGGGAUAAUCCUGGAAGAGAUAAUAGUGCGCGGGGGACCCUACGAAGCAGCUCGACAGUUUCUCGAGGCUCAUGAGAUUAUAGCUAGAGUAGCAGCCAGAGAAAACCCACCAUUCCGACCCGCGGUGACUUUACGAGACUGCCCAGAGGAACUUGUGGAACUGAUGGAAAAAUGUUGGAACGAUAACCCGGAAGAACGACCACCGUUUGAGUCUAUUCGUUUAAGUCUACGGAAUAUAAUGAAGGGGUAUUGCGAGAACCUAAUGGACGACUUGUUAAGGAGAAUGGAACAGUACGCCAACAACUUGGAAGUCCUAGUCAGCGAGAAGACGGAAGAACUGAGCCAGGAGAAGAGAAGAUCGGAAGAACUGCUUUACCAAGUUCUGCCAAGACCCGUAGCCCAGCAACUCAUGCUGGGUGAAAUUGUACAACCGGAACAGUUCGAGUCUGUUACCAUUUAUUUCAGCGAUAUCGUGGGGUUUACGGCACUGUGUGCCAGGAGUACUCCUAUGCAAGUUGUUGACUUUUUAAACGACCUAUACAGCACUUUUGAUAGGAUUAUUGGUUUCUACGAUGUUUAUAAGGUGGAGACAAUAGGCGACGCCUACAUGGUAGUGUCUGGGCUUCCAGAGAGAAACAGCGACAACCACUCGAGAGAAAUAGCGUUAAUGGCUCUGGCGAUAGUAGAUGCAGUACGAUCCUUCAUAAUCCAGCACAAUCCGGACUACCAACUGAAACUUAGAAUCGGAAUCCAUUCCGGGCCCGUUUGUGCCGGUGUAGUUGGACAGAAGAUGCCCCAUUACUGCCUUUUCGGAGAUACGGUGAAUACCGCUAGUAGGAUGGAAAGCACCGGCCAACCUUUGAAAAUUCACGUUAGCGAGACUGCAAGACAAAUACUCGAUAAAUUCGGAACUUUCGAUUUGGAACUACGCGGAGAAGUUGAACUGAAGGGGAAAGGAUUUAUGACAACGUACUGGCUUUUAGGUAGUUCCGAACCAGGGCCUAGACCUCCUGCGCCCAAAUUGAACAACAUGGAACAGGAAACUAAUCCGUAUCCGCUGAUAUUUAUGGGGUAAUGUCGGUGGUAAAAAACAAUGUGUAAGAUUGCAGCUGUUGGGCAAAAGUAGCAAAAGUUAUAUACAGGGUGUAAAUUUGAGUGGAGGGGGUCAU